UUACAGUUAGCAUUGCAAUUUCACUGUUGAAAGAACGGUUUAUAUGUUUUCAAUUUAACUCUCAGACUAAAUAAUAAUUUAAAAAAAUAAAAAAAUGGCUGAACACCACUGGGUCUCCACAACCAUCGACAGCGAACUACCACCCUUUGCCGUACAAGCCGGACACGAUUCGGAUGGUUCGCCAAUCUUUGUGGGACGUGCAUAUCAUAACGGUGAUAUGCUUGUGGCGAAAAUUGUACCCAACAAAGGGCAAGCAUAUGUAGCGUGGGGCGGUGAGGAGGUGAAUAAACAUGAUAUUGAAGUAUUGACUGGUCAUAACUAUCAUUGGGUACCCGAUGCAAAUGGCGCUGUACCCGCCGGUGCUGUCGCCUGUGGUCAAACUAGUCUUGGUGAAACAUUGUAUGUGGGACGUGGCUAUCAUGCUGAUAGUUUGACACCGGGCAAAAUUCAUCCUUCACAGGGUUGCCUGUACAUUGGUUUCGGUGGUGAGGAGGUGACACUGACCAAUUAUGAGGUGUUGGUGCGUAAUUAUUAAUGAAAGUAAGCAGUCUAUAUAAUGAGUUAUAUGAGUUGUUAUAUUUUAAAGGUUUAAAAAAUAUUUUUAAUUGCAAAAAUAAAA